GAAGGUCAUAAUAAAUCGUUCAAACCAUUGCUGAUUUUAUUCGGCUUUUGCACUAUCGUGGUAUACACAACGAUGAAGUGGUAUGUAAAAAUGUUCUACGUGAUAUAUGUUGUGUCAGUAUUGUUGGCCCAGACAUCAAUAAUUACAGGGCAACCUCAACUUACGUACACAGAACUUACCGGCAAUUUGCAGAAGCGCGCUACUUUAUGCCCCCGCAAUACAGAAUGUUUGCCUUUAUCACAGUGUCCAAUGCUUAACGAUAUUUUAAAUAAUGCAUGUGUAAACACAGACAGAAUUGCUAAUCUCGGAUGUGGAUAUCAAGGAGGACAAGGAUAUGUCUGUUGCCCCUUGAUUGCCGAUCCUUUAAACAACAUCAAUUCGGGAAAAUUGGUGGAUGGACAAAGAUGUGGUUUAUCGCAAGUGCAAGGAGACAAUUAUAAUGGUGUAGGAGCCUUCCCCUGGGUGGCAAGAGUUGGAUUUCGAAAUGUCCUUAAUGGCGAAAUAAAGUAUCCUUGCACAGGAUCUAUAAUCAACAACCGAGUGAUUCUAACAGCAGCUCAUUGUGCCCUCGCUAAAGCCGACAAUUAUAAACUAUCAUCAGUCCGUGUCGGUGAAUGGAACACCGAUAGCGACAUCGACUGUGGCGAAGAAUUCUGCAGCCUUCCAGCCCAAGAUGUCCUCAUCAGCCACGUUAUCGUCCAUCCCGGCUACGACAAACAGACCUACCGCAACAACAUAGCCCUUUUAGUUCUGCGAAAUAAAAUCAACUACACAGUAACUGCCCAACCGAUUUGUCUACCGGAAACGUGGUCGGUUACAAACCGAAAUGGGAUUUUAGUUGGGUGGGGCAGAAAUGCUAAAGAAAACACGCCAUCGAACUACCAACAGACCCUUUAUUUGCCGAUUACUGACUUGUCAUUGUGUCAUAAUGUGUAUGGGAGGACGUUGCCCAUUUCUGAGAAUCAGUUGUGUGCAGGUGGGGAGGCUGGAAAUGAUGCUUGCAGCGGGUUUGGAGGAGCGCCGUUGAUGGUCAGACAUGGGGAGACCCAUUAUCAGGUGGGUAUUUUAUCGUUUGGUUCUGACCAAUGUGGGGCAGCUGGAGUACCAAGUGUUUACACCAAUGUCAAAAAGUACAUUACCUGGAUUCGGGAAAAUAUUCCAGUAAUUUAUAGUAAUUAAUUUCAUUAGGGUAAUGAUGUAAUGUACUUACUGUAGGUAUUAUAAAAUAAGGUUAUAGAUUACGUGUAGAUACUUAAAUGUGAUAAAAUUGUAAUAAAAUUAAAUAUGGAUCAA